CUUUAACCAGACUUUACGAGACAGACAGCCAUUCAAUACACAAGGAGAAACUAUAUUGAAAUAUCAACAUUUUAAAUUGAUUUAAGACCUUGGAACUUCGAUCAGACACCAUGUCGACAGUCAGUGCCCUGCCUUUCCUGAAAUCUAGUCUCCAAAUGCGCCCUCCCAUGGGCUCCCACUCCCAUAGGCGCGGGCGUCGCCACACACUCCCGGCCAGCGAGUUCCGUUGCCUCAGCCCGGAGGACGCAAUCAGCGUGUUUGAGAUCGAGAGAGAGGGUAAGAACUUUUAACUUAUUUAAAUGUAUAACUUGUUUUUACGCCAAUACUGGUCGUUUUUCUAUACAACUUUGUACCUAGACGUUAAAAGGUAUUGUGAUGGUUUGUGAAAAAAAUAUGCUGUCAUUCAUUGGAUUUAAUGAGGUGCUUUACGUUUAAAGUUAACUUUUACGUUUUUUAAUAGACUAGGCUAAUAUACAUUUUGGGAAUAAAUCUUUGGAUACCAACCAAAUUCAUGACAAAAAAAACAGUCAGUCAGUCAUGAUGGGAUUCAUGUCACCAAGUAUGUAGUUGGAAGUAAGCAAACUGAGAUUAGACUAAGCAACUACAAUUGUACUUGGUCAUGGACUUGUGUUGUCGGUCUGCCCUCCUCAGCCUUCAUCUCUGUGUCUGGAGAGUGUCCACUCCACUUGGAUGAGGUGUGUCACUUCCUGAUGCUGUGCCCUGAGCUGUCUCUGGGCUGGUUUGAGGAGGGACGCCUAGUUGCCUUCAUCAUAGGAUCACUGUGGGACCAGGAGAAACUAGCCAUGGUAAGCCCCAAGUCAAAACCUGUUGAAUAAGUGGGACAUUGUCUUUAUUAUAAUGAAUGACUUUUGGUAGCCUACCCAAUGAAUCAAAAGUCAAGCUUUGAGGAUAUACUUCAAUGUGGUAUUUUAUCAUUGGAUAAGUAAAAACAUUUUUUUAGCACAGGGACUUCAAGGUUUUUAUGUAAAACACCUCAAAAUCAGAGAACGCAACAACCUUACCUCCACAUAAACAAGCCAUCAUGAAAAAAUCUCCAUGACAAUGAUAAAUAGUUAGUCGGGUGAUAGCACUCAUGCACUCCUUCCCUCCCUCCUUUUUCAGGACGCUCUCACCCUCCACAAGCCCCAUGGCUCCACGGUCCACCUCCAUGUGCUGGCUGUCCACCGCACCUUCCGGCAGCAAGGCAAGGGCUCCAUCCUGAUGUGGCGCUACCUGCAGUACCUGCGCCGCCUGCCCUAUGUGCGCCGCACCGUGCUCAUGUGCGAAGACUUCCUGGUCCCGUUCUACCAGAAGUCGGGCUUUAAAGUGCAGGGCCCCAGCGACAUCACCGUGGGGCCACUGGCCUUCAUUGAGAUGAUGUACCCUGUCCGGGGCCAUGCAUACAUGCGCCGCAACAGUGGUGUUUGA